CAGACAAAUCAACACUACAAGAAUGGAGGCUAUCAGAUUGUUAACCAUCCUUAUACUGUUAAGUAUGAGGAUUUGGAGUGGAGCAGCCACCCCAGCACCGUCGUCGACCGCCGCGCCACCUCCGAUAACAGAAGCAACCCUUCAGCAAGUGGCUGCUUCUCUGAAAAUGUAUGUUGAUGAGCUCCCAAAAAUUCCAAAGCUCUUUGGUUAUUCAAUGCGACAUGGCUCACCAGCUCCUGGAAAUCUCGCUAUAGGCAUGUUCGAGAAGAAAUGGAAAUUCCACCGUGAUUUCCCUUCAACGACAGUCUUCGCAUAUGGUACAUCAGCAGAGGCAGCUACCGUACCUGGACCACUCAUCGAAGCUCUAAAAGGGAUAAAAACAUCAGUGACAUGGCAAAAUUACCUUCCUCAGAACCACUUCCUCUCAUGGGACCCAACCGUCACUUGUGCCAUCCCUAAGCAUGGUGGGGUUCCAACAGUCGUCCAUCUCCAUGGAGGUGUCCAUCCACCACAAGAAGACGGCAACCCAAAUGCUUGGUUCACCUCCAGUUACCGAGAAACCGGACCUGCCUGGACCCAACCAACCUACACAUACCUGAACAUCCAACAUGCUGGUAACCUAUGGUACCAUGAUCAUGCACUUGGUUUAACACGUGUCAACAUCCUAGCAGGCCUGGUUGGCCCAUAUGUGAUCCGUGAUCCAAAAUUAGAAAAACCUUGGAAUCUCCCAUCCGGACCAGAUUUUGAUCGGCACCUGAUGGUCUUCGACCGGAGCUUCUACAUGAAUGGUUCCAUUUACAUCAAUUCAACUGGUGACAAUCCUUCCAUUCACCCACAAUGGCAACCAGAAUACUUUGGUGAUGCCAUUAUAGUUAACGGUAAAGCUUGGCCAUUUCUUAAAGUCCAACGAAGGAAGUACCGUUUUAGAAUCAUCAACGCUUCCAAUGCGAGAUUUUUUAACUUCUCAUUAUCCAAUGGUCUUCCGUUCAUCCAAGUAGGAUCAGAUGCGUCCUACCUCAACUCCCCAGUCCAGACACAGAGUAUCCUCUUAUCCCCCGCCGAGACCGCUGAUGUCAUAGUUGACUUUUCAACUCCAAACACCAACGAAUCUGUCUUAACUAAUAGUGCACCUUACCCAUACCCGACAGGCAACCCGGUGGAUAAUCUAACCGGAAAUGUUAUGAAGUUCAUAAUAUCACCAGAAAACCAGAAUUCUCCCUGUAAGAUUCCGACAAGCCUAGUGAAUUACCCGGCAGCAACAACAGAAGGUUCAGUGAAGACGAGGUAUAUAGUGUUGUAUGAGUAUGAAAGUACUACCGGAAACCCGACCCAUCUGUAUAUUAAUGGGAAGAGCUUCUUGGACCCGGUGACGGAACUUCCGAAAGUUGGUACAACAGAGGUGUGGGAGGUGAUCAACCUGACCCAAGAUAAUCACCCGCUUCACAUACACUUGGCAACAUUUCAAGCGAUCAAGGUGGAGGAGUUGGUGGAUCUUGAUACAUUUAGAAACUGCAUGAUUGCACAGAAGAAUGAUGCAGUUGGGUGUAACGUGACAGCCCAUUUAAGUGGGAAAUUGCUAAGUAUCCCAAACUAUGAGAAGACAUGGAAGAAUGUAGUGAAGAUAGUACCUGGAUAUCAAACUACAACGAUAGUCAGAUUUAAUAUGGUGGAGACUAAUACAACAUAUCCUUUCAAUGCUACUGCUGCACCUGGAUAUGUCUACCAUUGUCAUAUUUUAGACCACGAAAAUAACCAGAUGAUACGACCAUUGAAGAUGGUUCUUUGA